GCGAUCAACUAGUUUCACUUGAAUCAAGGAGCGGCGCUAGUUGUCCAUUUCUGGAGCUUUCUGAAAAUCUGCGCCGGUUCGAGGCUGAACCUGAACAUUCAUACGAGUCAUUGCCGUAUCAUUACCAGCAGAAAACAAUAAGUCUUGAAAACUGAAACGAAAGCAACACGAUUCGACGGUGAAGCGUGAUGGCUCAGGUUACUGCGUUAAAAGAAAAAGGGAAUUCUGCUUUGCAAGACGGAAAAUUCGAGGAGGCUAUUAAACACUACACAGACGCGAUUGCCUUAGACGAAGACAAUCAUGUGUUAUAUAGUAACAGAUCAGCUGCAUAUGCAAAAGCAGGCAAGUAUGAACAGGCUCUGGAGGAUGCGGAGAAAACUGUGACCUUGAAAUCUGACUGGGCCAGAGGCUACUCCCGCAAGGGCAGUGCUCUUGCUUACUUGGGUAAGUACGACGAAUCCAUCGCAGCAUACAACAUUGGCCUAGAGUUGGAACCAGAGAAUGUGCCGCUCAAGAAUGCUUUGGAGGAGGUAAAGGCUCGAAAACUAGCUUCAGGUGUCGGUCAUAGAGACAUACCCGCAGACUUUCUUACAAAAUUGUUAAGCGAUCCUACAACUAGAAAUUUCUUGAACAAUCCAGAAUUCUUAGAAGUUUUGCAAGAAGUCACUAACAAUCAACAAGCCAUUAAUACGUUGUUGCAAAACAAGAAAAUAAAUAGCAAUCUCAAAGACUUGCUAGGUCAGAACAUGGACGCGGGUGAGCCAAUGGACACGGAUCCUCCUCAGCCUCCGAAACCCCAAAAGCCUAAAGAAGAACCAUCUAAACCACAAAAGAAAGACGAAGAUAACCUGCCUCCAGAAAAGAGAGAAGCGCUUAACGAGAAGCAGUUGGGCAACAAUGCUUACAAGAAAAAGAACUUUGAAGAAGCUCUCAAACAUUACAAUAGAGCCAUAGAAUUAGAGCCUACAGAAAUCAUUUACCAACUAAAUGUAGCUGCGGUAUAUUUCGAACAAAAGGAAUACGAGAAAUGUAUUUCGCAAUGCGAGAAAGCCAUCGAUAUAGGAAGAGAGAAUAGAGCUGAUUUUAAAUUAAUAGCAAAAGCAUUCACUAGAAUCGGUCACGCGUAUAAGAAAGUGGAGAACUGGAAACAAGCUAAGGUAUACUACGAGAAAUCUAUGUCCGAGCAUAGAACUCCAGAGAUUAAAACUCUCCUCUCGGACAUUGAUAAAAUCAUUAAGGAGGAGGAGAGAAAAGCGUACAUCGAUCCGGUUAAAGCGGAAGAGGAGAAGGAACUUGGAAACCAGAGGUACAAGGACGGAGAUUAUCCUACAGCAAUAAAACAUUAUACAGAAGCUAUCAAGAGAAAUCCCGACGACCCGAAAUAUUAUAGCAACAGAGCAGCCUGUUACACUAAAUUAGCAGCGUUCGAUCUCGGAUUAAAGGAUUGCGAGAAAUGCAUUGAAAUCGAUCCAAAGUUCAUUAAGGGUUGGAUCAGAAAAGGGAAGAUUUUACAAGGGAUGCAGCAACAAAGGAAAGCUCUCACUGCCUAUCAAAAAGCAUUGGAGUUGGAUCCCUCGAACAGCGAAGCAUUGGAGGGAUACCGAUCCUGUGCAGUCUCUGUUAGCUCGAAUCCCGAGGAAGUUAGAAAAAGGGCAAUGGCGGAUCCGGAAGUUCAAAGUAUAUUGCGUGAUCCUGCCAUGCGACUUAUUUUAGAGCAGAUGCAAAGCGAUCCCAGGGCUCUACAAGACCACCUGAAGAAUCCCGAUAUAGCAGCAAAGUUGCAAAAACUGUUGGAGUCGGGUCUUAUCGCUAUUUAUUGAGAACGAAAACUUUUGUACUUGUGCAUUGCUCUGACAUUUUAUUGUCACCAAGUUCCUUUGAUAUUAAGGAAACCAUGCCGUUCAUUCUCUUUUUAUUCUGUAUUAGAAAUACGUUAUUCAAACGUGCAGGCCGCUUAAACGAUGUAUUCAUUGUACCUAGUUUUUACUUUAUAAGCGCUACACCCUUGAUUUAAAAUAAUAAAGAUAUUGUAAUUGAUGUUGUAAUAAUAAAACAAGGAAUAACAAUAGCUAUAACUAAGACAUAACUAUAGGACAUACUUCUGUGAUUUAUUUAAUGUUGGAUUCAAUAUAAAAUUACCUUUAAAAGGAACCAUUUGGCGCUUCUUCGGUCACAUAACUUCAAUAUUAGAAUCUUUAGGUUUCUUUAGUUUCAACUUGCUUCGAUCUGUAUAAAAUGUAUCUGCGGCAUAAUGAACAAAUAAAUCAUACGUUACUUCAACCGAUAAA